AGUACUGUAUAUGGUAAAUACAGUAAAGUUCAGUAUACACAGUACUGUAAAAAAGAAGCAAACGAGAACAAUUUGUGGUUGCAUUUUUCUACAGAAUGGCUAGAAGACCUGCUGGGGGAGGACGCCAACGCCUGUUCACCCAACAGCAGGAACUUGCCAUAGUGAACCUAGUCAGAGCAAACAAUGCAAUCCGUCUCCACCAGCUACAGCAACAAAUACUUGCAGAUAGGCAAGUAUUCAACAACAUAAAUCGAGUAAGCAUUACAACUAUCAGACGGAUCUUGGUAAAGCACAACAUGACCAUGAAGCAACUGUACAGGGUCCCAUUUGAGAGGAACAGUGUCAGGGUCAAAGAACUUCGACAUGAAUAUGUACAGAGAAUCUUGGACAUGGAUGGAGCUGCCCAGCCGCAUGAAUGUAUUUACAUUGACGAGGCUGGAUUCAACCUUAGCAAAAACAGACGACGGGGACGUAAUAUAAUUGGCCAAAGGGCAAUUUUGCACGUCCCGGGGCAGCGCGGGGGAAAUAUCACAUUGUGUGCUGCCAUAAGUCUUCGAGGGCUACUGCACCAUCAUGCCAAACUGGGUCCCUAUAAUGCGCAACACAUAAUCACAUGUCUAGAUGCACUUCAUGAUGCAGUUGUACAGGAUGGACCAGAGCAGCCCAGGUUUGUUGUUGUCUGGGAUAAUGUUAGUUUCCAUCGGGCUGCUCUGGUCCAGAACUGGUUCACCAACCAUGAUCAAUUUGAAGUUCUGUACUUGCCCCCUUACUCGCCAUUUUUAAAUCCUAUAGAGGAAUUUUUUUCCGCUUGGAGAUGGCGCGUAUAUGACCGCCAACCACAUGCCCGUAUGCCUCUUCUGCAGGCGAUGGAACAGGCCUGCGGAGACAUUGAGGUGAGGUCAAUCCAGGGAUGGAUUCGGCACACAAGGGGAUAUUUUCCCCGAUGCUUAGCAAGAGAAGACAUUGCUUGUGAUGUUGAUGAGAUCCUGUGGCCAGACCCCAACAGACGGCAGGAUCCAUAAGCCCACCUGCGCACAAUUGUGUUUUUCUGUGUUUACAGUACUGUAUUGUUUGUUUUAUUUUUGAUUUAACUGAAUUUACUGUACUGUAAAAUAUACUAAUGUAAUGAUUUUGAAUUCAUUAUUUUAUUUUUUGGUAGUUGUGAAAACAUGCCCUCUAUGGAACUGAAUAAAAACAUUGAAAACAAAAGACUGUAGUUUUUUAUAUAAAGUAGACUAGUGUGUUGCUGCUGAUCUGAAAGUGUAUUCAUAUGAUGCAAGUGGGUAUCAUUUUGUCAUCAGAGUGACAUUUUGACAAAGGAUUGUUAGGUUUUGAUAGUAGAGUUUAAAUUUGACAUAGAUGUGAAUGGUUUAUUUCCCAGUGUUGUGUCUUAUUUGCUUGUGUGUAGAGUUUUGACACAAUGAGCCAAAUUUAGCAAAACGUGUGUAAGCAAUAGGCAAAAACU